CGCGCUUCUACGUAUAUUCUUGCGAAUGUUUUUUAUUGACGUUCCGGAUAAGGGUAGAGUCCUAUAGCAAAUCGAAUGUCCGAAGAUAGUAUACACGGAAAUCGAACGCGGACUGCCGAAAUCAAUUUGUUCUCGGAAUAGCUACAAAUAUAUUAUAUUGUUAUAUCCGGCUUGUCGUUGCGCACGUGCUCGCGGAAUAAUAUUUACACGCGUUUAAUAAAGUACAGUGUCUUUACACCCGAACUCUUCCGGUAUAUUUAACAAAAAAUAACUAUAUAGUCAUUUCUGUCUGACAACGCACAUUGUAUUAAACACGCUCUCGUCCGUGUAUUAUACACAUUUUAAAACCGAUAAAGUUGUUCUGGGCAUUUUGCCCAGAAACGCGUAUACAAGACGGGCCCGCAAUACAGCGGCAAGCUGGUCCUGUCACGGACGGCCGUGGAUACUACGUGGCAGCGGCGCCAGGAACUGUCGCUACAUCCGGCGACGGCGACGGCUGCUGAAACGGAAGACUGGCACGGCAGGUCGAUGCAGUCCGACAAGGGUUACAGCGCUCAGGUGAUCGCGUUGAUAUGUGGUUUAAUUGUAAUUGUUUUGAUGCUGUUGACAUUGACUUCCACUGAUUGGUUAUUGUCGGCCGGUUGGCGUCAAGGUUUAUUUUCUCAUUGCAUUGCGGUCAAUGCACCUACCCCAUUACCAUUUAAUGUACCUGAUAAUGGUCCAGAUUGUUAUCCAACACGUGAAGUUGGAUACAUAAGAGUGGCUGCAGCUUUAUGUAUAGUUACAUUGGUCACAGACAUAGUGGCUACUCUUUUAACGGGGCUUGGGUUGAGAAGCAAAGAUCAACGGACCAAGUACAAGUUUUACAGAGUAGCUGUUUACGUUAUGUUACUUGCAUUAUUGUCCUUAUUGAUAGCGUUGAUUGUGUAUCCAGUAUGUUUCGCAGCUGAAUUAAAUUUAGGGAACCGUACUGUGUGGGAGUUUGGAUGGGCAUACGGCGUAGGAUGGGGCGCCGGAAUAUUUUUGUUUGGUGCUGUUGUAUUGCUGUUAUGCAACAAAGAAUCUGAAGAAAUCUACUAUAAAGAACGUAAAGUGACAUCGUCCGCCUAGUGUGCGGCGCCCCUGCCUGACGUAGUACUUUAGUGACCUUCCUCCGUUGGUCGGACGACGGGCAGGGUGAUCUUAUUGUUUUUAUGAUAAGACAGUCAUUACCAUGAUUUACUAACAAACACGUCAUACAUGUUAAAAUUCAACUUACAUCAUUGAUUUUUGACAGUAUAUAACUAUUCUGGUGGGGGAAUAUUUGCUUUGCGCACAUUAAACUAAAUACAAUUGUAAAAGAUUCUUUAAUUAUAAUCAAAUUAGCAUAGGUUUUUUAUAGAUAGAAUGAUAAUUUUUUUUCAUGUUUUAACUUUAAUAACUUGAGAUUUUUGUUGAUCAAGUGAAAAGUUAAGAUAGAAUUUUGUAUUAACUAAAUAAUUAUUGACAUGUGAUUGUGGGUAGUCUGUGUUUUAUUAAAAUUAUCAGCAUUAUUGUUUACGAUUUAUGAGUAAUGAGUAUCAACUAUUUAAAUGUAUUUUAAAACAUUUCUCAUUGUUCCAAAUUAGCAAUGUGUUUGACCUUAUAUCAUUUCUUUAAUUUAUAUUAUUAAUUCAAGUUUAAAAAAUGUCUAAUUUAAAUUAUAUUAUAGUUAUUAAUAGUCAACAUACCGACGACACCAUGUAAAAAUAAUACUAAUUUUGUGUAACACGAGUUCUUUUAUAAUGUACUAUCUGAUCAAGUGUAAUAAGUAAUAACAUGUUCAUAUCUAAUAUUAUCUAUUGUUAAAAUAUUUAAAUUUAGUAGUAGCAAAAACAAAUGUAAAUAUUAUAAUAUUUUGUAUAUCAUACUAUGUUCUGGCUUGUGUUUGAUACCACAAGCAGUAGCCAAAGAGAGUUGACCCUGCCAAAGAACAAAAAAAAAAAAAAUGAAAGAAAAA